GAGAUCUUGGAAGAGAUCCGCGACGUCAUCAUACAGGACGACCUGGCGAAGCAGGAACUUGAGAAGGUUCAGGGGACUCUCCUUGCAAAGCAGCACAAGGACUUGACCUUGAACUUCACCAGCUCGGGCGUGAGGCUUGGAGGUAGCUAG